AUGUCGGACCCGCGCAAAGAAACGUUUCUCCUUCAUUUACUCGAAGUGACACCGCCCGGUCGCAAUCCUUUCAUCGAUGGCGUCCACGCAUUGGCACAACACAGCUUUCCCCACGUACCAGCUUAUUCUUAUCGUGUCUUGAUCUUUUUCAUGGUGGUGUACGGUGCUAUCACUCUCGGUGCUCUGUUCUUGAUCCUGUUCCCUCUCUUGAAGGGUCCCGAAAUGAGAAAAAAACACCUUUGGCUUUGGAAUAAAUGUUAUAUUGGCAGCCCAGACACUACUCCGUUCUAUGUGCCCAAUAAUAGUCUCAGUGUAGCUGUUGGACUUAGCGCUGCUUCCAGUCUCUGUUCGCCGUAUCGAGAUUUUGAAGAACCAAAAAAGUUCAUGCGGUGGCUUAAAUUCUUCACUUCGCCCUCGGUCCUUAACGUCUUUUGCAUCCUUGUACCACUUCUCGUCACUCUGAAGACAGUCUACUGGACUGUUGCCCAAAGCGUGGCUACAGAGCGCGUCUGGACCCACCAUGACAUCGUGGCCAACCUCUUUCAUCAAGCUGCAAAAGAGUGGUCACCUAACGUUGCUGUUGACCCGAGUUCAGAAGCCAUGCAAGAAUUAGAACGAGUAGUGAAACGUCAUAUCACCCUCCUGCGUGUGAUCGGAAGAAAUGUGCGACUGGCAAGCAUUCAGUGGAACGUCUGCAUCUUUGUUCUUUCAGCAUUCUACUUUUUAACCACAGGUGCCUUGAUUCUAUUAGUCAGACGUUCUUUGAAGAUCGCUUCGGGGAAGCUCAGCGUUUUAAAAGGGGAAAGACCACCAGAAACGGCACACUCUAGACCAGAAUCCGAAACAAAAUCUGAUAUUGAUUCGGACAUCAUGGUCGACCAAGGAAGCACGGCUGCCGCUCACUUGCGAAGGGGAUACAUAUGGGUCAGCCGAAUAGGCAGCGUUUUCAUGGCGGUAGCGAUGUUGCUGCGAAGUUGGCGAAUAUACAACACCAAGGAUUUGCAUCAGCAAUCUCAAGAGUACACAAUGAUGUGCAUGUCCCCACAAGAGCCAGCGAAGCAAUCUGACCGAUUUGGUGCCACACUGCGGAAUUGCCCAACAACUGACGCGAGCUCGGAAAGCGCCGAACGAUAUUGUGAACCUAGCCUAGAAAUCAGCCAUGUCGCCAGACAACGAUGGAUCGAUGACGAUGUGAAUGAGAGGAUAGAGUCGGGUCACGAGGGGACCUCCUGGGCAACAUCACACCCAACUCCUUCCGGUGAAUCAAUUCAGUGUCACCGAAAAGAGUCGAUAAAUAUGCGAUGA